GAAACUGCUGUCUAUACACUAAUGCCGAUGGUUAUGGCUGACCAGCACAGGUCUGUCUCAGAGCUGCUAUCAAAUUCAAAAUUUGAUGUGAAUUAUGCUUUUGGACGUGUGAAGAGAAGUUUACUUCAUAUUGCAGCAAACUGUGGAUCAGUUGAAUGCCUUGUUCUACUAUUGAAAAAAGGAGCGAAUCCAAACUAUCAGGACAUUUCAGGGUGCACACCUCUCCAUUUAGCAGCAAGGAAUGGCCAGAAGAAAUGUAUGAGCAAGCUGCUGGAGUACAGUGCAGAUGUCAACAUUUGUAAUAAUGAAGGCUUGACUGCAAUUCAUUGGUUAGCUGUUAAUGGACGAACAGAAUUGCUUCAUGAUCUUGUUCAGCAUGUCAGUAAUGUAGAUGUUGAAGAUGCAAUGGGACAGACAGCCCUUCAUGUAGCUUGUCAAAAUGGACACAAGACAACGGUGCAGUGUUUGCUAGACAGCGGUGCAGAUAUAAACAGGCCGAAUGUGUCGGGGGCAACUCCGCUCUAUUUCGCUUGCAGCCAUGGUCAGAGAGACACUGCACAAAUUCUUUUGAUGAGAGGAGCCAAAUAUUUACCAGACAAAAAUGGUAUUACUCCACUGGAUCUGUGUGUACAGGGUGGUUAUGGAGAGACUUGUGAAGUCUUAAUACAAUACCAUCCUCGACUUUUCCAGACAAUAAUUCAAAUGACACAGAAUGAAGAGCUACGGGAAAACAUGUUACGGCAAGUUCUGGAACACUUGUCUCAGCAGAGUGAAAGCCAAUAUCUUAAAAUCUUAACAAGUCUUGCUGAAGUUGCUACAACAAAUGGUCACAAACUGCUUAGCUUGUCAAGUAAUUAUGAAGCUCAAAUGAAGAGUCUCUUAAGGAUCGUGAGGAUAUUUUGCCAUGUCUUUCGUAUUGGCCCAUCCUCUCCCAGUAAUGGAAAUGACAUGGGCUACAAUGGAAAUAAAACUCCAAGAAGUCAGGUGUUCAAGGUCAGAAAAGUAUAUGAUGUUGUUAGGAAGAUAGACGUUAAAGAGAUGAAUUUCACAAAGCAUGCAUUCAUUAAUCAGACAUCUCAUGAACAGGAACCACUGGAGCUGCUCUGGCAUUCUCUAGAUGAAUGGCUCGUUCUUAUAGCCACAGAACUGAUGAAAAACAAAAGGGACUCUGCCAACAUUACUUCGAUUUUACUGAAACAAAAAGGACCAGAUCACCAGGAUGAUACACCUACGCCUUCAUUUGCUGCUGCAGGAACGGAGGACAGAAAGGAGCUGUCCACUGAUGCCGCCGAGUCAAAAGCAUAUGAUGUUGCUGGCAAGCAGGAUGCUUGUGGCGAUUGCCAGGAUGUUAUCUCCAUGACAGCAAACAGGCUAAGUGCUGUCAUUCAAGCCUUUUACAUGUGCUGCUCCUGUCAGAUGCCUCAGGGGAUGACAUCGCCUCGUUUUAUAGAAUUUGUCUGUAAACACGAUGAUGUCCUUAAGUGUUUUGUUAACCGAAAUCCCAAAAUAAUUUUUGAUCACUUUCAUUUUCUUCUUGAGUGUCCUGAAUUAAUGUCCAGAUUUAUGCACAUCAUAAAAGCUCAGCCCUUUAAAGAUCGCUGUGAAUGGUUCUAUGAACAUCUGCAUGCUGGGCAGCCAGAUUCAGACAUGGUGCACAGGCCUGUCAACGAAAAUGACAUCCUUUUGGUUCACAGAGAUUCUAUUUUUAGGAGUAGCUGUGAAGUUGUGUCCAAAGCAAAUUGUGCGAAACUAAAGCAGGGGAUUGCUGUGAGGUUUCAUGGAGAAGAAGGCAUGGGACAAGGUGUGGUGCGUGAAUGGUUUGAUAUCUUAUCCAGUGAAAUAGUUAACCCAGAUUAUGCCUUAUUUACCCAGUCAGCUGAUGGAACAACUUUCCAGCCCAACAGCAACUCUUCUGUAAAUCCAGAUCAUUUGAACUACUUCCGUUUCGCAGGCCAGAUCCUGGGGCUGGCUCUGAAUCACAGGCAGUUGGUGAACAUCUACUUCACAAGAUCAUUCUACAAACAUAUUCUUG